AUGCAUCUUGAGAAUGUGCGUGCCCUAAACCACACGGUGACGGUAAGCUUGGCGCCUACAGCUAGGCUUUCUCAGUCUCUUGCAAAGCCGUUUGUUCUUGCAUUACAGAUCCAUGACGACAUUUGCUUCCCCAGUGGCAACCGCCUCAAGUUGACCUCUGACAUUGGAUCGUUCUAUGCAGAUGCCUCUAGUCUCCUGUUGAGCACCGCCCCGCUGCCGCGCUGCAUCACUGUACGUGAACCUCUUGUUGUUAGCAAGGCGGCACUGGAGGAAAAGCGGCUUAAGGCGCAAGAUUUCCGUGUCGCUGCAGCCGCGGCGUUAGAGAGCUUGAUGAUGAUUACGCAGUCCAUGACAGUUUCUGGUCUCUCUGCGCUUAGUUCUGGUGCACCGCGGAGGCGCAACAAGUCUGUCAUGACGGCUGCUCAGGGCGGUGCAACCGAGCAGUUUUUAGCCGAGGCGAGGAGGCGAGAGGUAGAAGUAUGGGAGUUGAAUCUCCUUGCAAGCAUUGAAGAGAGGCGCAUGGAGGAAAUGCAGUGCUUGGCACUCACGGCAACGGUGGAGUUCUCACUGGGGACGGCACCGAAGGUGGAGGAGGUGGUUCUUUCAGGUGCGGGGCGCACCAAGGCCGCUCGUCGUGGACAGGGCGAUAAGUUGAGACGGUGA